AUGCAGCAGGACAUGCACAACCAACUGCCUGCCCUCGGCCAUCAGAGUUAUCAACAGUCGCACCAGUCGACACACCUGCCCACCAUGAGUCUCCCUCCGCCGCACGGUUACGCGGACCAGUACCAACACCCGUCGCACGCGCAACAUCCCCAGCAUCCCCAGCACUCUCAGCACCCGUCGCAUACUCAGCAUCCGUCGCAUUUGCAGCAUCCUCAGCAUGCCUCGCAACACUCGCAGCACUCUCAACAUGGCCAACAUUCGCAGCAUGCCCCACUACCAACGUCGCUCCCUCCUGUUGACCCUGGCCGUUCGUCGCCCACACCCGCCUUGGAACCACCAAAGCCCACGCCAGAACAGGAGGCGGCCACGCGGAAAGCUCUUGAGCCCACUGUUGGCAGCGAGGGAACCCGGUCCUACAGGUGCUAA